GUGUGCGCUAGUGUAAGUUAAGAUGGCGGCGGACGGAGAUGUCGUGAUUCCCGAUCAAGAAAAAGUGCGAAUAGUUUCGGAUUUUAUUUUGCACUCACCCCCAGGCGAGUUCAACGAAGUUUUUAACGAUGUGAGGGUUCUACUAAACAACGACAAUUUGUUGAAGGAGGGCGCAUCUAGUGCAUUUGCCCAAUACAACAAGGACCAGCUCACGCCUGUUAAGAUAGAGGGAAGCGAAUACCCGGCGCUUAUAACUGAGCACAAUGACUUAGGAGGUUCGAGGUUUUAUGACGGCCGUAGUAAACAGAGUUUUAAAUACGACCACCUGAGAAAAGAAGCUCAGGAUUAUGAGCCAUACGAGCCAGAUCCUACUGCCGAACCCUGGAGAUCCGCGCUUCAAGAUGAAAUAACGACAUACACUCAAAAUCACUAUAGACAUGGAGCCUCUUCAGUUUUUGGAAAAAGCCAAGGAGGGAAUAUAACGCUAACCGUCUGCAUAGAGGAUCACCAAUUUCAACCGAAGAAUUUUUGGAAUGGUCGCUGGCGUUCUGUGUGGACAGUGAGCUUUAGCACAAGUUCCGGGACUGCGGAAUUAAGAGGCAGUCUCAAAGUUCAAGUUCACUAUUACGAGGACGGGAAUGUACAGCUGGUCAGUAGUAAGGAAGUGAAGGAAAGUUUACCAAUUUCCUCGGAGAAACAAACCGCCAAGGAGUUGAUUCGACUCGUCGAGGAGUCUGAGAACGACUAUCAGACGGCAAUUUCCGAAAACUAUCAGACAAUGUCUGACACGACCUUCAAGGCUCUGCGAAGACAACUUCCCGUCAUGCGGACUAAAAUCGACUGGAAUAAAAUGGUGUCGUACAGUAUUGGCAAAGAGCUUAAGAGUCAAUAGAACUAGAUUUUUUAUGUAUUAUAUUAAGAGAAUUAAUUGAAAAGCGCGCAUUUUGCUACACGGGUGAAGUCUGGAGGUGUGAUGUGCUUGGGAGCAAACGUGCUGAUCGCGUUUACAAAUUGGAAGUGAUAAAAGAUUUUAAAUACAGAAAAUAAUAUUCUACUGCUGCGAAUUUAACGAUUGAUUUCUCCCCCCGAGGGCCGAUAAUUGUACGAGGGCUGUGCAAAUAUCAGAAUAAAACUCGAUUCAAUGAAAAAAAAAAAAGCAAAAGCUGCUAAACUUUUUUGAUAUUCGCACAGAUCUAUCUGACUUGGAACGAGUCUGCACAAUAAUGAAAUCCUUACGACACGCAACUAGCACAAUGAGGUUUUUUCUAUUUGCCGAAACGAAUGCAUUGAUCGUGAUUCGAGGAUCGUAGGAACUGUUCUUUAAACUUUGAUAACACUGUGAGGUGCAACUUUACUACGUCAUCCUACUUGUACUAUUCGGGGCACACAAAGUGUCUGCUGCCGAAGACUAAUUCUAAAGACACAUCAGUGGAGAGGGCCCACUAUUUUUAUCAGACUUUAUAUAACACAAAGUAUAAAUAAAUAUAUACACUUUUGUUAAA